AUGGAUUGUGCACUUCCUCCCGCAGAGCAAAUCUCUCUUAAGUCCUAUUCCGAUGCAGCAACCCAAGUUGCGCAGUUAAAUGAAGUUGUCAAAGAGCUGGUCUUACGCCUUCUGCCAGCUCUUCAGGGCACCGCCUCACCUGAAGACCUGCACGCCCGGCUUCAUUUGUCACUCUUGCAGGGUAGUGACUCUUUCGAAAAAAUUCGAGGCAAAUCUCCAGACUCUGCGACGGAUUCUCAGGAUACUUCCACUCUGGGGACCAAGGAACGACCCUUGGAAAGUGCUAUCCAGCAACUGUUUAAGGCACUUGUACGACGUGAUCACAAAUCUGUUUUCCGCAUAUUGGAGGUAGCACCGUCCCUCGUUAAUCGGCAACACGAAGGCGGGUGGUUCCCGUUGCACGCUGCAGUCUUGACGGGUGAUGUCGAGCUUGUUAAGCUAAUUCUUUCAAACCCAAAUACGGAUGUGACAGCCGUGUAUGAGCCAGGGGAAUCAGAAACCAAUUCCGCGCUCCUAGACCUUGAAAGCGAGCUCGGAAUAUGCGCUGAUGGUACGAGUGGGGCGUCGCCGCUGCACUAUGCAUGCAUGAUAGGAAACGCAGAUAUCAUUGAUGUCCUUAUGCGGCACGGGGCAUUGCCCGAUUCUCUGGACGGGAAAAAGCAGGAACCUAUCGAGUAUUUCAAUUUAGAACAUGACUUGGAGGUCGCGAUCAAGUUCCGUGAAUUAUGCGCAGAGCGGCAGGCUCGAGAAGACUUUUAUAAAAAGAGCGCAAAUAUCGAUAAAUUUGCAGAUUUGAUAUGUCAGAACAACUUUGUUCUGUUCCAGCAGUCAGUACCGUUCCUAGUUGAUAUACUCGAUAUUCUAGGUAUUGACAAGGUGUGCGCUGCUAGGGCUUUGUCUGAAUUUCCUGAAGAAGCUUCAAGGUUUACAUAUUACGACUUCACACUUUUGCACCUUGCGGUCAUUCAUCAACGCCGUUCCUUUGUUGAGCUGUUGUUGACCACCUGUCCCGACUUGAUCAACAGGAUUGACGAUCGUUCGAGCUAUACUUCUGAUAACUCCCUCUCGUCAUUUGCGCCUCCCAUCUUUCCUCAUAAAUACGUGAAAGAUGCAACUGCUUUGCACUACGCCUGCCUCACAGGAGAUCUAGACAUCAUCACUCUACUCAUUAAUGCCGGUGCAGACUGGAACAUUAAAGACGGUAAAGGCAGAAAGCCUGAGGAGCUGCUGUAUCCGAAACGUACAGACCAUCAACAUGUGAAGCGGUUUUUCUCUGAUCUCUGUGCGGCUCAAGAGGAAAGGAGCAAGCCGGAGAAGUCGCAGCCCGAAAAUGGUGAUGUACGCGACGACCCGGAACACAUCGAUUCGGAAAGCUCGUCUGAGUCUUGCGAGUCCGAUGAUGACUCUUCAGAGUCUCAACGUGAUAAAGAUGAUGACGACUCACCCCCUAGGGUCCCAAUUCCAGUAGCCCAUGCAGUCCGAUUACGCAAAGCGGAGUGGCUGGAUCCCGACCGUCCACUUACAAUGCUCUUUCUUGGUAGUUCCGGCGUUGGCAAGACAGAACUAGCGAAGCAGCUAGCACUAUUUGUUCAUGGAGAGAAUGGGCUUGCGACGAAUAAAGGCGAACGCAUUAAAGAACUUGAGAAGGAGAAGGCGUUCGUGCGGAUCGAUAUGAGCGAAUAUCAGUCAAGUCAUACCGCAUACAACCUUAUUGGUUCUCCAAAGAGUUAUGUGGGUUAUGGUGAUGGUGGAGCUUUGACAAACCCGUUGAAGAAAAACCCGAAGGCGAUUGUCCUGCUAGACGAGAUUGAGAAAGCACAUCCAGACGUGCUUACUUUGUUCCUCCGAGUAUUUGAUGACGGUCGGAUAACGGACUCUAAGGAUGGCGUGAUCUACUGCAAGGACGCCAUUUUCAUUAUGACAUCGAACAUCGCAUCGGACAAGAUUAAAGAGAGGUCUCCGGAGCUACGCAGGCUUGUAGCUCAUGCAGAGACUGAGGGACGGCCAGAGUUGUACUUAAACGCUAUUCGAGGAUUCACGCGCUCUAUACAUCCGCAACUCAAGUGUGCAUUGAAGCGAGACGAAUUCAUUGGACGGAUUAACGAGAUUGCUGUCUUCCUUCCACUCAGUGAGGAGGAAAUCGGGACCGUCGUGGAACGUGAACUUGGUAUAUGGACAAAGCGCGCAGAAGAGAAGCAUAGUAUCACGUUGAGUUGGUCUGAAGAGGUUGUGCAAAAGUUGGCAACUGCGUAUGAUAUAAACUAUGGUGUUCGUUCUGUUACACACGAGGUGCAACGCAUUGCUAUUCACCUUGUUGCUGAUGCGCAGAUUUCGGGUCGGAUUUCUGCUGGCUACAAGGCACGCCUGUCUACCGAUGAGCUUGGUGAUAUCAAGUUGGAUAUCGACCCAGAGGACGCCCCAAAGGAUGGUCUAGAGGAUGGCCCAAAGGAUGGCCCAGAGGAUGCAGAGGAUGGCCCAGAGGAUGGCCCAGAGGAUGCAGAGGACGGCCCAAAGGAAACUCCAGAGGAUGGCCCAAAUGGCACAGAGGACGGCACAGAGGACGGCCCUAAGGCAGGUCCAGAGGACAGCCCAAAGGAUGGCCCAAAGAACGACCCAAAGGAUGGCCCGGUGGACGGAACUACCUAA